AUGGCGAUCCGCGGCACAAGCGCAGCGCAAGACGGGCGCUACUUUGCACAAGAGAAGAAGCUGCUGGCGAAGAUGACGUUCCCGAAGUGCUUCGACCAGCGCGUGGACAUGCGCAAAGUGCAGCGCGACGUGAUCGACCAGUGGGUCACCGAGCGCCUUACGCAGCUGUUGGGCUUUGAAGACGACAUUGUGGUGUCAAUGGCGAUCAAUUUACUGGACCCCAAAGGACACGAGCAACUGGACCCCAAACAGCUGCAAGUGGCCCUCACGGGGUUCCUCGAGAAACAAGCAGGUGCCUUCAUGGAGGAGCUCUGGCAGCUGCUGCUCAGUGCGCAGCGCAAUGCCACUGGCAUUCCGAGCGCUCUUCUGGAAAAGAAGAAGCUCGAGAUGCAGGCAAUUGCACACGAGAAGGAGCAGCUGAAGAAGGUGCUAGCGGCAAAGCGAGCAGCGAAGACAGAGGGCCACGUGAGAGAUGGAGAUCAAAGUCGGCGACAGGCAACGAAGAAGCAGGAGGAGGAGGCGGAGGCGCCUCUAUCAUCUGUGAACAAAGCACGACGGAGUCCAUCUGAACGUGAAGAUGUUUCGAGCAGGAAAGAGAAGAGGCGGUCCGCGAGUCUGCAAAAAUGGCGUCGAAGCCCCGUGCGACACGUGCGCCGGUCACCCGCGGGGUCAACAGACAGAGCGCGCGAACGACACUCCACGCGUAGCCGGAACUUGUCGAAACGGGAGAGCAGGCAACAGGUUCGUCGCUCUCCGUCCAGCUCUUCGUCGGACUCCCAGCAUGACUCGGCAUCCUCUUCCAGCUCGCCUUCUCCUGCUCGCCGCCGCCCGAACAAGUCUCGCCGGAAGACUUCCACUGAGAGCGGAUCCGGUAGCGAGUGA